AUGGCUGCGCCAGUGCUUCCUCUCCCUCAAGUCAAGCUCCCGCAGCUGCCAUCGACAAAACUGACGACUGAACAACUCUACUGGAGAUCCUUCAAGAACCCUCUUCUCGUGUCUUCGCCAUCCAACAAUCCGAUAAACCUCAUCACACAACCUUCCGUCCCGUCUUCGUUAUCUGCUUAUCCUUCCGCCGCCCAGCCUCCCGAUGUCUUCACCGUUACAACCGGUGCGCGGGUUCAAAUUUACUCGGUCCGGACACGAAAACUCUUAAAGACAAUUACAAGAUUCGACGAUACGGCACGGGGUACCGAUAUUCGACCUGAUGGACGUAUUAUUGCGGUUGGCGAUGACACUGGCACCAUACAAGUUUUUGAUGUGAAUUCUCGUGCCAUCUUGAAAACAUGGAAAGAUCACAAACAGCCCGUGUGGGUGACGAAAUUUUCACCUAGCGACCCCACGACGCUGCUGAGUACGAGUGAUGACCGUACUGUUCGACUGUGGAGUUUACCAAGUGAAAAUAGUGAGAGGACAUUUACUGGACACACGGACUAUGUUCGAAGCGGUGCUUUUCUUCCAGGCUCUAUGGCUUCGGCUGGCAUGGUUGUAUCCGGAAGUUAUGACAAAACAGUGAGACUGUGGGAUCCGCGUGUGGACGGUCGCGCCGUAAUGACCUUCCAGAUGGGCGCUGCAAUUGAGUGCGUUCUACCUAUGCCUUCUGGAACGACAGUGCUGGCUGCUGCAGAUAAUCAAAUCGCAGUCUUGGACGUGGUGGGUGGCAAGCCUUUGCAUAUGAUCAAGAGUCACCAGAAGACAGUCACAUCUCUUUCAUUGGCAUCAAAAGGUGAACGAGUGAUCAGUGGUGCUCUAGAUGGCCAUAUGAAGGUGUUUGAUACGACUGGUUGGUCGGUCGUGGCUGGGUCGAAGUAUCCAUCUCCUAUUCUUUCAUUGCGCGUCCUCACAUCAGGCCCUGAGAGGGAGGAUAAGCAUAUUGCUGUUGGUAUGCAAUCCGGUCUCCUCUCAAUCAAGACCAGGCUUUCAGGCGAGCAAAAGAUCAAAGAACGAGAGCGUCAGAAGGAAAUGCAAGCUUUGAUGGAAGGUCGAAUCGAAGAAUUUGACAAGAAGGAGGCAAAGAAAGCCCGGGGCCGGGGUUUCGAGAAACGCACACGUGGGCAGGAUUUCCUUGGUGAAGGCGUCGAUAUCAUCAUUCAAGGACAGGAAAUCAAAAAGAGAAAGAAGGAAUCCGACUGGGAAUCUGAUCUCCGUCAUGCUCGUUACUCUGAGGCACUUGAUCGGGUACUGGCCGGGACCGAUAAGACCGCUCAAUUAACGCUCAUCACAGCGCUGCGACAUCGUUCGGCUCUCCGGACUGCGUUGAAAAAUCGUGACGAGGUCACUCUUCAGCCGAUUUUGAAAUGGGUAUAUAGGCAUAUCAUGGAACCACGCCUCGUGAAUAUUUGCGUUGAAGUUGGAAUGAACAUACUUGACAUCUACUCCGGCAACCUCGGUCAAUCAGCAGACGUCGAUGCGCAAGUCCUCAAACUUCAUAAGCGAGUGCGCGAAGAGGUUGAUCGAGCACAGCAAGCCUGGCAAACGAAGGGCAUGUUGGAUAUGCUCAAAGUUUCUUGA